ACAGCAUCAGGAAAGGCAGGUGCCCGGGGCCAGCAGGGAGGCCUAGGGAAAGGAGACACAGCGAGGCCUCUGCCUCGGCCGCUGCUGGACAAGAAGGUCAGCGCCCAGGCAGUGCCCAAAGCUCUCGGGACAAGGAAGGGAUGCGAUUUCCCCAUCGCCCUUGGGUGCCCAGGCUCCGGGAGCACCUCACUUCACUAGAGCCUCAUUGGGAGUCUCCAUAUGGACCUCCAGAACCCACCUCCUGCUGCCCCAAGCACAAGAGCGACUCUGGACCCAAGAGUAGAGGCAGUCUAGCCCUCACAAGCACCCCUCCCAACAUCAGCCCGACCCCACCCACAUCAGGAGCAACACAGGCUUCUCUCAGCAGGCGCCUCAGAGCUGACACCAGAAAGACAGGGCCUGAACAUGCCCUUCGCCUGGGGCCAUGGAAUCGCGGUCCUGACCCAGAGGAGGAGAGGAGGCCGCCAGCAGCCCUAGCCCAGGAGUGGCUGCUCCCAAGAGGAGCUGGCAGAAGGGCCGGGGAUGCCCCCCGAACUCCGAGGUCGCAUUUGGACAGCCGCCUGGAGACACGGGUGGGUGGCAGCACACAGGGGAGCGGCUCUCCCCGGGGUGCGCCACCUCCUGCCCAGCCCACCUCUCCCAGAGCAACACUUUCCCUCCCUGAGCACAGGCCCCCCCACCAGACACCCCCAGCAGCAGACAGACAGAAGAAAGAGAGGGAGGGGAGGAGGGGAAAGUGUCAGAGAAACCCGGAAGGAAGGAAGCUGGACAGACAGACAGAAGCGGAUCCUGGCUUUACUGUUCCAGAGAGGCAGCCUCCAGAUCCCAGACCGCCAGGAGCCCGCUCCUCUCAGCGCCCAGGGGAGAAGGGAGAGGCGACACGGUCCCUCCUGAGACCAAAUCCCAGCAGCCCGGGGACAGAAGGCGUCUCCGGCAAGCAAGAGCCUGAGCCUCCCUUCUCUUCCCACAUUCCUUUGGGCCCAGGCAGGGGCCACUUCCCCUCAGCAGCGCAGGGACACCUCCAAGGAACUCUGAUGGCCCCACCCCCACCGCCCAGCCAAACCCACACCGCGAAGAACUCUCGGCUGGGGAGACUCCUCCAGGCACAGCCCCUGCUGCCCCCAGGCAGUGCUUGGGGCCAGAGGUGACCCCAGUGAUCCCCAAACCCAAUGCACCUCCUUCGGGAGGCUCCCAUCAGGCAUGGAGGGGUGCUGGGACCCCAGGGGUAGGGAACCCUAGGAGGGGGACUACAACUCCCAGAAGCCCCCAGGGCAGGGCUGCUGCUCCAGCUGGCCCCAGGCCGGCCUUGUUCUCUGCUCUAGGGUGGCAGGGUCCCCUGGCUGCCCCUGAGCCCUCCCCACUGUGCUCUGGGGCUGCUACCAGAUUGGGGGCCCAAGCGUAACCUCCACGAACCCUGGGGGCGCCCCCGCCCAUUAAACAGCUCGGGGGUGCGUUCCCGAGGGCAAGCGAUAUUCCGACUGUGUCCCCCUCCCCAGCUCGAACUGGACCUCCCUCCUCGCGCCCCUGCGGGCUCGGCAGGACCUGCGCCCUCAGCCCAGCCCG